AGUGUAGUCCAACCACUUUCUGUUUCCAGGCACCCCAGUGAUUUCGCAGAGGAACAGUGCCAAACUUUGAUCAAACUGUUCAACCUGAAGUGUAGCACAAUGGAGUUGAGUUUGUGUGGAAUGAAGCUUGGUCUUUUCACUAUACUGCUAAGUUUGCCAUCCUGCUUUGGGGUUCCUGCGGCCCAUGUGAUCCUGAGCAGAACAGACGCUAGCCAGGUGCUUCUGAACCGCCAUCGUCGUGCCAAUUCCUUCAUAGAGGAGCUGAAAUUGGCGGACUUGGAGAGGGAGUGUCUGGAGGAGAAGUGUUCAUACGAGGAGGCCAGGGAGAUCUUCUCUAUACCUGACCAACUGGAUGCGUUCUGGAGGGUUUACACAGAGGUGGACCACUGUAAAUCAGAGCCAUGUCAAAAUGGGGCCACUUGUGACACUCAGACAAAUACUUACAUCUGUAUAUGUCCACCCAUGUUUGAGGGACGGAACUGCGACAAAGAAAUACUUAAUUCUUAUGGCUGUCUAUAUAAGAAUGGAGGGUGUGAGCACUUCUGUACCGAGGCUGAAGAUUUAACCUCCAGCUGUCACUGUGCUCCUGGAUACAGCCUGUCUACAGACAACAGCAGCUGUGUGCCACAAGUUAAAUUUCCUUGUGGCAGAACAGAUGUGACAAACGUUGGCCCAAGGAUUGUUAAAGGACAUAUAUGUCCUAAAGGAGAGUGCCCCUGGCAGGCAUUACUUGAAUAUGAAGGCCAGUAUAAAUGUGGGGGAAUUAUUCUAGACUAUCAAUGGAUCCUCACAGCAGCUCACUGCGUCUGGAAACAACACCCAUCCAAACUACAAGUGUCAGUAGGUAAGCACAACCGAAAUGUGAAGGAGGCCACAGAGCAGCUAAGAAAAGUGUCAAAGGUGUUGAUCCACCCACAGUACAACUUCACGACAUCUGAUAGCGACCUGGCCCUGCUGAGGCUGCGCCGGAACAUCUCACUAAACUCAUAUGUAAUACCGAUCUGCCUCCCCCCAGCACAAGGCACAUUUGAUCGCACGCUGAAAACAGUGCGCACCUCCACCGUGAGUGGCUGGGGCCGACUCUCUCAGUUCGGGCCUCCAUCCCUCAUGCUGCAGAGGCUGGAGGUGCCCUUGGUUCCCCUGGUGAGCUGCCAAGCCCACUCUGGUCUCAGGGUGACCAAUAACAUGCUCUGCGCUGGCUACAGGGAGGGAGGCCGCGACGCGUGUCAAGGGGAUAGUGGGGGUCCCCUGGUAACCAAAUACAACACCACAUGGUUCCUGACGGGCAUAGUGAGUUGGGGGAAAGGCUGUGCUCGCGCGAAUAUGUAUGGUAUCUACACUCGCGUGGCCGUCUUUGUGGAGUGGAUUACAAACAACAUGGCUAAAGAAUGAAUGGAUUUGUUGGGGAAGAACUGAUCUUGAAGAAAAUUAAAAAUCUUAAAAUAUAUUUAAAAAAAUAAAAUCUUAAAUCUUUAUUUGAGUGGAUUCAGUAUUACAAUGAUGAAUACUGAGUAUUUUAUUUUUAGUGUCAAAUACCAGUUCUGUUUCUCACAACAUUUAAAAUACAUGUAUUAUUGUACCUUUUAAUUUGUAAAGUAU